GAAGUUGUGAACUGAAGAUGGUGAAGUUGACGAUGAUUGCUCGCGUUACUGAUGGUCUUCCACUGGCAGAGGGGCUUGAUGAUGGCCACGAUUCAAACGAUGCUGAAUUCUACAAACAGCAAGUCAAGGCGUUGUUUAAAAACCUCUCAAGGGGCGAGAAUGAGGCUUCAAGGAUGUCAAUUGAAAUUGGCCCUUAUAUUUUCUAUUACAUAAUUGAAGGACGCGUUUGCUACUUGACAAUGUGUGACCGUGCUUAUCCUAAGAAACUUGCCUUUCAAUACCUUGAAGACCUCAAGAAUGAAUUUCAGCGCGUUAAUGGGUCUCAAAUUGAAACUGCUGCCAGACCUUAUGCCUUCAUUAAAUUUGACACAUUCAUACAGAAAACGAAGAAACUAUAUCAGGACACUCGUACUCAGCGGAAUAUUUCAAAGUUGAAUAAUGAACUCUAUGAAGUCCACCAAAUAAUGACUCGCAAUGUUCAGGAAGUUCUUGGUGUUGGUGAAAAGUUGGAUCAGGUCAGUGAAAUGUCAAGUCGAUUAACAUCAGAAUCUCGUAUAUAUGCUGAUAAGGCAAGAGACUUAAAUCGACAGGCGUUAAUACGGAAGUGGGCCCCUGUUGCCAUUGUGUUAGGAGUGGUUUUCCUCUUCUUCUGGGUCAAAACAAAGAUCUGGUGAUCACACUGAUCAUUCUGAAAACUGUUGCGGAUUUCUCUGUGCUUCUUAUGGCAUUAUAGUC